AUGUGUAACGAAAUAACAGAUUGCAUGGAUAAAAGCGAUGAAGAUAAGCAGAUGUGUACAACUCGUUCAUCAGAAUGCGCAGCGGAUGAGGUGACCUGCGUGAAAGGCGAACGUACUACUUGUGUGUCACAGGAGAUGAUCUGUAACCAGAGCCACGAAUGUGAGAACUUGAAGUAUUUCGCCGAGACGAUGUGUGGAGUGAACGAGUGCAAGUUCGAUUUGUGCGAAGAGCAAUGCAUCGAUCUACCGUUUGCCUAUCGUUGCGAAUGUAGGCCGCCAAAAGUCGUCGAUCCAAAGAACCCUGCCAGAUGUAUAAUGGGUGAUCGGUGCUCGUCGUCGAAUUGCUCGCAGUUUUGUAUCGAGAAAGGUAACGGCAAUCACGAAUGCGCCUGUGGUACAGCUUAUCUGCUGGAGAGCGAUGGACUUGGGUGCAAAUUGAGGUCUAAGGCCGUUCCUCCGAUGUUGAUCUCAGUGGCGAGCGACGUCGUACGCAUCACUUCCUUCAGGGACUCUUAUCAGACGUUAUCGAUAAAUACGUCAACUGGACGAGCUGUAGCGUACAGUACCCGCACGUCAUCCGUAUAUUGGAUUGAUGAUGACGAGACAGUUGGAAGAACUUUCACGAAUGGAACGAGUUUU